CCUCCAUCCAAAAAACCGAAUACUAGAAUGCCUAGCAUCUCAGUCGCAAGCGAAGCCACAUCUGUUGGGACUACAGAGAACCACGCAAACAAGAACAACUAUGUGCAACCAUACGUAGAGUCGUCCGGCGCCUCCAGCGCGGCCAGCGAACCGAGCUUAUUCCUCAAAUCGAACCAUCCAACACGGAGACGGUCCGCGUUGUAUGAAGAAGACACCAAUUAUGUUGCUGAAAGUGAUGACGAGGAGUACAAGGAGGCGGAGGAGUACGAUAUUCCUGACAAUGAGAAAGCAACAGUUCUCUUUGACUUCGACCGGGAACGAGAGAAGCGUCUGGCCGGUGUAGUCGACAUUCCCGAGGGCAUGUACACCGAAAAGGAGAGGUCCCUUUUCCUAAAACUGGCAAUGCGCGGGUUCGAGCCGCUUGCCCCAAAGCAUUGGCAGUUUGAUUUCCCAACCUUGCCUGAUUCUCUGUUUCCUGAGUCUGGAAAGCAGCAAUCAGAACCAAUUAUCAAAAUAUCAAGAAGCACCGCAUUCUAUGCUAUUAAGUCUCUCGGAAAUCUGUUCUCCCUCAGCGGGCGUGUGAGGGAUUGUAGCAUUGUGGAGAAGAGGCCCGAGCCGCUGAUUAAACAGACGAUUCAAAAGUAUAUACGAUGGGCAUUAUAUGAUGUCAACCUCGAAAUUAGUCCUGGAUCAAUACCAAUACAUGCUAUACACGCACAAAGAGAGAAAGAAUCUGUUCGCCAAGCGUUGGAACGUCUCAAUAAACGUUUGAAAAAGCUCGCCGUUCGACACCAAACCGCAUUGCAAGAAGCAAUUGAUGCACCAGGCGAGGAACUGUCUCCCACGACUGAACUGAACCAAAUCGAGGAACCCUUGCUGAUAGGGUUUCUCAUAUGUGGACCAGUUGUCGCUCUAAUGACAUACGACUUGGAGCUCUCGAAAGACGAUGAGGAACCCGACGGCAAAUUCUUCUUGCAGUUUGAUUUCGCGGAGAGAGGGCAGGACGUAUGGAACUCCCUGUCAAUCGCUAUAGUUGUGAUGCAUAUCCGUAACACGAUGGUUCAACUUGCGGAAAACAAUUAUGGGGGCUUUAUAAAGUCUCCAGGGAAUGAUGCUGUAAGUGAGGAUCUCUAAGCGACAAUAGAGCCGGGCCCGCCGGGCG